GACUGCCUUGCAUGUGAUAUCUGGGAAAGGGCUUCGAUCGAGCAAACCCCAGAAAUCUGGUAUACGCAUGGUAUCUGGUAGACCCUACCAGCAGCACCAUCUUGGCACAUUUCCUCAUCUGGAGAAUAAGCCAGUGUGUCGUAACCCCCUGAAGACCAGCAGCCAUAAGGACAUCCUGCCCCGUAUUGCUCCUGUUAUCCACAAUACUCCUCCUGUGAUCCCACCACCCAGCGCUGACGAUAGGCCUCGGACCUCGAAAUUCAGGUCCAAAGUGGAGAAUCUGCCAGAAUGCGUCAACAGUAGGACAAGUGCAGGACACUACAAUGGAGCAAAGUCACUGCCCCUAACACCAAGAGAGGCACUGAAAAUAUUCAGGGAUAAGCUGUCGGAGUUUGAGCAGGAAGAGAUCAUCAACUUUCCGGAGAUCUACUUCCUUGGUCUCGAUGCCCAGAAGAUCGAAGCAAUUAAAGGGGCUCCCCAAAACAAUGGCUUUGAUGAUGAGAAUGGCAUGUACAUCAAGGUUUUGCAUGACCACCUUCAAUACCGCUAUGAAGUUCUGGAGGUAAUUGGAAAGGGAUCAUUUGGUCAAGUCCUGAAAUGUAUGGAUCAUAAGACCAAAGAACUGGUUGCUGUUAAGAUUCUUCGCAACAAAAGAAGAUUCAAGCAACAAGGCCUGGUGGAGCUCAAGAUCUUGGAUCGUUUGCGCAAGAAAGAUCGGAACAACCACUUCAAUGUCAUCCACAUGAAGGAGUGCUUUAUGUUCCGUGACCACCUAUGCAUCACCUUUGAGCUCCAGGGAGAUAACCUCCAUGAGACUAUGAAGAAGAACCGCUAUAAGGGCUUCAGCCAAGCCACAGUGCGUCGCUUCACUCACUCCAUCCUUAAGUGCCUGCAGAUGCUUCAUCAUGAGAAGAUAAUCCACUGUGACCUAAAGCCGGAGAACAUCGUUGUCACCCAGAACGGCUCGCAGAACAUCAAAGUGAUCGAUUUUGGAUCUAGUUGCUUCGAUCAUGAGAGAGUGUACUCUUACAUCCAGAGCCGCUUCUACCGCUCCCUUGAGAUCAUCCUGGGCUGCAGCUAUGGCAUAGAGAUUGAUAUGUGGAGCCUUGGCUGCAUCAUUGCGGAGCUGUACACCGGCUUUCCUGGAGAGAAUGAGAAGGACCAGCUUGCCCUCAUCAUGGAGGUACUGUCUAACAAUUGUUCCGUGUAUGUAACGCAGGUUCUCUAUUUUGUGAAUGAGUGCAGCAGUUGCACGUCAUGAUCGUUGAGGUGUGUUUGUGCCUCAGGUGCUGGGAGUGCC